AAAGACGCGCAUAGCGGGACAAACUGCGCCAGGGAGAAACCUCCGACGACUAAAAACAACUCGGGAAUGCCUGGACGGAUUCAAAGCAGCGGCUCUGCCGAGACGAAAUGGCAAGAAAUACGAGUUCAAGUGUGCUAUCCGACUUGUGGACAAUAGCUGCGGUCGGACUGCGCGUCAACUUUGGAUAGACUUGUGGCGCGUCGCGGAGGCUCUCCGGUCCGCACCGGAGGAAACACGCUGGAGUUUUGGACUCUUCUGAACGGACAUGUUUCCCGGAAUGAUUCUUUCAGUGCCGCCACUUCGUUUUCCAACCACGCCUGGUGAUUUCCCCAAGUCAGAUCCUGCAGCUGAGCCCGCCGGGAGCAGGAAAACCCACCGGAGUUGUGAGUCAGUGAGCCAGGCGCGUUGGUAGUUUAUCCUUCUGUCGCUUUUAACGUGGAAUAUCUGAGUCUGGAAGUUUGAAGAGUUUGAACUUCCCUGAUCCUAUACAUGUGCUGCUGGAGAGAGUCCACGCCGCUGAAGUACACCUCCAUUCAAGCAUGAGAUGUUGGUGCAGCGCCCUGGCACUUCUCCCGUGGGUGCUGGUGGCCUUAGACGCCCAACUGAUGUGCUGGCAGGCGCUGAUCCGGUGCCACGGCGAGCCCGAGUGCGAGCUCGCCUACAACCAGUUCCUGGCGGCAUGUGAGGGCAACAUCAUUGGCACGAGGAGGCAGUGUCCCAGCCACUGCAUCAGCGCGCUCAUCCGGCUCAACCACACCCGCAACGGCCCGGACCUGGAGACCUGCGACUGCGCGCAGGACCAGGACUGCCUGAAGUCCAAGCGCGCCAUCGAGCCGUGCCUGCCCCGCAGGCACCCGAGCGACGCCGGGGGGAUCGGCUGCAUGGAGGCCCGGCAGCGCUGCGAGGAGGACAGCAGCUGCCACACCUCCCUGGCGGCCUACUUGUCAUACUGCGGGCAGCUGUUCAACGGCAGGAAGUGCUCCUCCAAGUGUAAAGCCACCAUCCAGCAGAUGCUGUUCAUCCCGAACGGCGCGCUGCUGAACCGCUGCGUCUGCGACGGCGUGGAGAGGCCCUUCUGUGAAGUGGUCAAGGAGAACAUGAGCAAACUCUGCUCCAUAGGAGACCACAGUGUCAUCUCGGACCAGCCAGACGUGGAUGACCUCUACGAGGAUGAAGACUAUGACCCCAGAAGUGACAGAGAGGAGCUCUACAUUGAGAACUCCUCCUCUUCCCAGAUGUUCUCCAGCUGCACGGCCUUCAUGUCUCUCACUAUUGCACGGAUAUUGUACUGAGAUGCUGCAGACGUCAGUUGGAUUUAUCAAUGAAUGGGUGACACUGUUUGAGAUGAGUGCCAAGAAAGCGGAUCCCGGAGUGACGGGGGAUGAAGCUCGGAGACACUAGGUGAGACGGAGGCCUUGAACCCGGGUCUGCUGGCGACACAGAGUUUGCAUCGUGACCCUUGAUGCACAGCUCACUCAGGAAUACCGUCCUCCUCAUUUCACCCGUCACUCCGUCACAUACGCGGCCUUCGCCGUGCUCGGGGUCAGCUGCGGCCUCAACAAGCUGAACGUCUGGAGAUGAAGGAAACCAAACCAAACUUUGGGGCAUUUUCUGUCCCUCCAAGCAGCUCCUGUUUAUUUGGAUUGGUUUAAACGGUACUUGAAGUGUGGCUUUAUUAAGACCUUAGACAAACAUUGGACCCAUCCAGGCUCUGUUUGCUCUGCUCUCCAUUUCAGGAGGGAUUGGGGGGGGGGGGGGGGGCUUGUAUUGUCGGAGUAACCACACUUCAAAUAUUUGUGUGAACGUUCAGAAGACAUGGCAAGAAGGGUGUUGGGAUCAAGUACUUAAAUUAACUGAAGCCCCUCUUCAGCACACUUCGGAGUUCCCCUCCCCCUCAUGUGAGAUUGUUUUAUUGUACUUUUCCUGAGACGGCCCCCUCCCCCCUUCCUCCACUGCCCGCCACCUCCUGAUGCCUUUUAAAGACCCCUGUCUUUAUUGCUGCUUUCACACUGCCGCAGCCCUCCAGCAGGCCCUGACGGCUGCCGGUGUGAAGGGGUCAAGGCGGCGUACCUGCAGUCUGUCCCCCGACGCCACGCUCGUCAGUGGGCCUUCACCUGGACUGACGCCGCGUGCGGGCCGAACGCAACGUCCGAGUUCGGCCGCACGCGCGAAAACUAAAACUGUGUGCAGUCGUCGCACCGCAUUCCUCUGAGCCUGUUGAAAACUCGCACUGUAAAAUGAGGAUUUUAGGUUUUAGUUACCUCAGCUCAGUUUUCUAGUCAGUUCCAGUGACUUGGAGCAAAGUGUGCUGAACUCCAUCCGUGCACGACUAGUAAGAGGGAACAGUAAUUAAAAAGUAUCCUGGACGCUCAGGGUAAAUGGGUUUAUUUUUGCAACAGUACAUAAGGAAUCAUUUUUUAGAGAGAUUGUUGUAUUUGUAUGAUGUUACUUGAUUUGUUUGAUUAUAAAUUAUUCAAAUUCUUUAAUGCUAUCAUGAAAUUAAAAGCAUAAUUUUGAUUUGGGUGAGACAAAGUAUGAAAUUACUGACAAGUUUUUUUUUCACAACUUUAAAUAAGAUGGAAGCUCAUUGCAUUCACACACAAAAAUAAUAAAAUUAGCAGUUUUUCUGCAAUAACUGCUUCACCUGUUAAACCUGCUGUGUUUAAUCCAGUUUUAUUCAGGUUUGGAACUGAAAAAAUAAGUGAUUCUGGAGUCAUAUAGAUGGCCGCCCAUUAGUCAACAGCUGUGGAUUUUACAGUGGUUCAGAUGAAAUCCUUAAUUUGCUGGAUUUGAAGAUCGGGUAAACCAGUGCAACAUGAUGUCUUUUAUCUGACAUAUUGCAUCUGAAAUGCAUUUAAACGAGAUAAGCAGAUGGCGGUUGAAAAAACGGAGUCCUUCUCUAAUGUGUAAAACUCAUCUUGAGAUGACAUCUUAUUACUUCUGUGAAUGCAGUAUGCUUUCGUAACCAGAAAACCUUUAUUUUUGUAAUCCUAACACCCCCUCAUUGAGUGGUUGAGCUGGUUCGGUCAGGUCGAGUGAGGUUCGUAACAAAUGGUGAAUUAGUUUGUCCAAAUGGCAGAGCAGGAAGUGGACUUGUUCGUUUGAUGGAAAUGAAGGAUUGUUCAGUCAAACGCACUAAAACCAACGGAGCGUCGCAGCAGUGUGUGAACCGUCGAUGUGGGCGGUCCGUCACAGGUUCAGGCUGUGCCGCAGCACGGAGGCGUUACUAACCAAAUGAAGUCUUCACAGACGUGUCUAGAGAAUGUUUCACUAGCAGGAUUGUCACCAAGUGCUUUCUAAGUAUAAUACACGCAGCUCAUUAAAUCACUUUACCGAUUCCAUUAGAAGGUGUACUUUAAACAUUUAUUUCCUGAAUCAAGCACAACAUGAGUAUUUGUAAUAGCACAUUAUUUUAGAGGUUAUAGUCAUGCUAAUGUCUCUCUUCUCUCAGUCUGUUAAGUUGUUAAGCAAAAAAAAAAAAGGGAAAUUCACAGUU